UGUGAAUGAACAUUAGAGUGUUGUGGUUUGGCUUAGUAACACAAUCUCACAGCGUAAUCUAAUAAUAAGAUUGCUUUUCUCCUAGUUCUUUUGAACCCAGUUCAAAUAUUUCGCAGUUUGACCACAUUGGUAUCAAUAGCAUCAUGUUCCAAAUCUCAACCACAUUACAAACAAAUCAAAUAGUCUAUGUUAAUAAACAAAGUUAUAUUGCAGUAGGCAUCUAUUGAGAUGAGAAGAAAAAAGACCAAAUCUCAAGAAGUUUGCUCAUGUGACUUUUACAAAGAUUGUAUGGUGCUGGGUGUUGUCUGAAUGAAGAGUUUUUUUUUUGAGAUGCAAGUCAACCCAAGUAAGCAAUGACACGACAGAUGAGUAAUUAUAGCCGGCCCUGAGGUUUAAUAAUAGACCGCAGCUGGUGUCAUCACUUCGCCGGUUUGGACAGUCCUCUUGGCCCAAGGAGAGAUGAGAUGAAGAUCCUCUUCCUUAUGGUGGAUCAUCUUCCCCAGGUCAAUGAAUGUUUGAGACCAGCAUGUUUCCUUCAGGGUCUUUAAAUACAUAUGCUUCACGCUAGUCCAAAAGCAUUGUGGGUCAAAUGCCUGCUGUCUGAUUUGGAGUAAAAGUAAAUGGUUUCACGAAUUCAGACAUCCAUAAAGCAGCAUUGUAAACCAUAGUUGGUAGAUGAGGUCAACACGGUUGAAAGAAAAAACACUUUAGGACAGCAUAAAUAUAAGUCAUCAGCUGUUCAUUGAAGAAGAUUAGUUCUAAUCUCAGUUCGCUGAAAAAUAAAUACUAAUGUUAAGAAAGAAGGGGGUUUCCAUUAUCUCAGCUGCAUACAUACGCAUCUUCUAAAAAUGACAAGGUGUCACCUUACCGUGGAUAUUUUUAACACUGAAUUCAUACCGAGCUGGUUUGGAGCCCCCCUUCCAAUUCCCCUGCCCUCUUUUUCGAUCUCUCCCAGUGUGUCUGCCCUUUGAACCUCAUGUUCCCUAUAUACCGAAAGGGUGGAGCUUCUGUAUUCUUCAACUUAGAAGCUCCAGGCAGAAGGAGAGUCUGUCUCAUCCACGUCUUCAAGGACCCCUCACGUCUCCAUGAUCCAGUGUCCCGUCCCAUCCCAUAACCCAACACCCCCACAUAAACUAACCCCAUUCUUUAAACCAGUACCUCAGGCUUUUAGCAAGUACAGUCUAGGGUCCAGUGACAAGGACAGGCAUGGCUGAUAAACUCGGAGCGGCAGGUGCGGCGGACGAGCCCAGCACCCUGAACAUCUUCUCUCUGCUGGAGAGGGUGUCUGGAAUCAUAGACAACGUACAGGCGUGCCAGCAACGUAUGGAGGAGAGACAGCUGGAGCUGGAGAAAACCGUGAAGACCAUCCAGACGGACGUCAUGAAGCUGACGAAGGAGCACACGGCCACGAGCAGCAGUGUGGAGAAACUUCUGGAGAAAACGCGCAAGGUCAGCUGCCACGUCAAGGACGUCCGUGUCCGUGUGGAGAAGCAGAACAUACGGGUCAAAAAAGUGGAGGAGACGCAGGUCGAGUUGCUGAACAAGAACAAGUUCCGCGUGGUCAUCUACCAGGGAGAUAAUGAGGUCCCAGCUGUAGCUGCACCCAAAGCAUCUCCAAAGGGUGCCUCUGGCGGAGACGCCCCCGUGGACCCAGAUGCAUUAGAGAUCACGCUCCCCGACUCUGAUGAGGAAUACAUGGUCGUCGAGGAGGUCCACGACUCCACCGCCACCAGACUAAAGAAGACCGGCCUGAAGCGCAUCGAAAGCCUGAAGCAAACCUUCUCGCGGGAGAACAUGACCAAGACCAAGGAGAACCUGGGUACUAAGGUCAACAAGCUGGGUGAGCGUAUGGUGCCGACCGAACGUCGUGAGAAAAUCCGUCAGUCGGGGGAACGGCUGAAGGAAACCAUCACCAAGACCGUGCCGGCAAAGCUGAACCUGAAAAAAGAGCGGACGGUGGCCGAAGGUCAGGAAGGAGCAGAGGGGACCACAGAAGGAACGGCACCCAUCCCGCCACCGAAGGGUCGGAAGGCCAGCCCUAACAUGGCCUACACGGAGCCGACGGUGAAAGAUGGUGCGGACGAGGGUAAGGGCGAGGAAGUGCCGAUGUACGAUAUGAAACAGCUUUCUUAAGCGGCGAGUGGGACUGAGAAAAACAAAUCACAUUUGGGAAAGACUGAUGUGUAGAUAUUUGAUUAUGAAGAACCUGAAGGUGAAAAGACGGGGCCGGUCGGAGACCGUGCUGUUGGGACGAACAGUGGACGAAUUGAGAAAGUUGAACACUACACACAAUAUAUAUUUUUCUUUGGAUUUUCUUGUUUACAGUUAUUAUGGACUCUGAAAAAUGGAAGAAUUGUGGAUGUCUCACCAAAGUAAUACAAUAAAUAGCGAAUGGCUUUUAAUUUUACAUUAAGCAAACAGGUGAACUGUGUUUUUUGUUUUGCUGGUCACGUGAUAUCAAAAUAUUUGCCGCAACAUUGAGAAAACGUAUUUAAAACAUAGCGUUUUUCAUAACUUUUUUGAUAUGGUAAAAAUAUUGAGUGCACGUUUUAGGAAUGAACAUAGAAUUUGUAAGACGUGUGUUACAAAAAACAGCUGAAUGUACAGUUGCUGCAUUCUGGACUUUAUAUGGAGAACUUCUAAUAUGUUCAGAUAUAUAUAUAUAUAUGUAUUCUCGUGUUGAUUGACAUUCAGCAUGAGCUGUCAAUGAUAAAUUAUUUAAUUUUAUUUUUAAUUUAGACCUUGUAGUUGUUUUUUGUGGAUUAUUUAGUAUGUAUUGACGGGGAUAACAAGCCAUUUGUAAACACACAUUUUCCGUGCCUUCCUGUGUUAUGUAAACUUUAACAAACAUCAACUUUUGCAAUCUAACUUUGAUGAUCAUUCAUCACUAUUUAGCUGAAGGAUUUUUAAAUAAAUAUAAAUUUA